CAAGAGCUUUUCUCUUGUAGAGGACAUAGCUAUCGGCACUCUAGCUAGCUUUUAAGAAAGGAUGAGGAGGACCAGAUAAUACAUUGUUGCCUUUGCAUAAGAAGAAAGAGGGUAGAAGCUGACAAACGGAAGCUUGAUUGAAUUCCAUACGGUAGUUCUGAACCGACGGUACAAACAAUGGCGACUUUCGGAAGUACAUGGAAACCGUCAGGUGCUGGGAUGACACCUCUGCCUCCGUCACCGGAAAUCAAACCAGCAUCGUCCCAGAUUUCGGACCUAGAACCCCUACCUUUUUCUCUGGAAGGAACGCAGCAGCAGCCAAGACAGCAACAAUCAUCCCAUUCUCGCUUGAGAUCGAUUGCCAAGUACCAGGCUUUUUCUCCCCAAGCCUUGGCCUGUUCGGAUCCAUUGCCAGCAAGUACGUUUUCCUCCUCCAAAUAUGGAACUAGCACCAGUGGUGGGACGGAUACAACUACGGAUGGCCGAAUCCAGAAUCGCCAUUCGGGAAAGCAACAGCAGCAGCAACAACCGUCUUCGCUAGGAGCCGUGGCUGGAGCUCAGGGAGUAGCAGUCUUUCGGAUAUCCAAACCUCAUGAACCACUCAUGAUGCUCAACCAUGCCACAUCCAACCGACAUCACGCGUCAGCGGGUGGUAGACCAGUUUCUUCCUUGGCAUUUCAGCCGGAUGCCAGUUCUUCCUUGUAUUUGGCGGCUGCCAGGGGAUCCGGAGUUCUACUAUGGGAUGUCAGCGGGCACAGUCUGAGCCCCCUCUUGGGACGAUUAGCCAUGGAUUCGGAACCAGAUUGCGUGACAACCAGUUUGUGUUGGAAACUCUCACAAGAACGUGAUGGCAUUCCACUGCUGGCAACCACGACGCCUAGUUCCGCCUGUAUUUGGGAUCUGCGAUCGCCACUGGCCUCCAAAAAGCCGAGUAUACGGUUUGGGGGGCGUUCGUCUGCCUCGGGUGGUACAACAGCGACACGGAAAACUGCUGGCGCUGCCAACCCCUAUCGACAGAUUGCCUGCUCGCGGGCCAACGAAUGUGCCGUACUCGAUGCCGCAGGGACUGUCUGUGUUUUUGAUGUUCGAAUGACUGAUAAAUCACGCUUUGGUGCCAACCCAUUGUCGGCUUUCCAUGCUUUUGGACACAGUGGAGUAGGCAUUUCUUAUCUUGCAUUGACGGCAACGAGUGCAAACAAAACCAGAGCCGUCACUUCUGCUUGGGUUACGUGGGGUUGGGAUAGUCCCGAUGCGGAUGCAGUCGUCAAAGUCUGGUGUGCUCACACAAGCAGCACGGCUUCUACAGCUAGUGAUGGCGUUGUCAAGUCAGAUAGCACCAACAAGACGGGUGGCUCGACGGCGACAUCUUCGGAGGAUUAUUGGUAUAUGGAUGGAUCCCCAGGACGGACAUCUGGAACGUUUGCACCGUAUCGGUUGAUUGCUCAGUGCAGUCCACCGUACCAUUUGGCAUGUCCGCGUGUUUGCCCUGCACCUGUCGAAAAUGGAAUUCUGACAAUUGGCAUCAUGGAUCACGACAAAAUGGGUGCAAAUGGUGGGAGUCGUCGAUUGGAAGGGUGGCGCGCAGAGCUAUGGAAGGUGCGUCCAAAUGCGGAUGAGACAGACUCCAGUGAGCGAAGAAUCUUUGGAAUGGAAAAGGUUGUAUCCUUUGAUGGAGGCGGUGAUCGAGACCGUGGCGUAUUGGGCAAGGAAUGCAGGCUGGGGCAACUCAAGGCUGCUGAGUUGGCCAUCACUUCGUAUAACCCGAUGGGAUUGCAUGCCCUCAAAAACGACGACGACCGCAUGCAGGACGGUGCAAAAGCACUGCCGAACAUUGGUCUGGCUCUCUGCUGCCUUGGUGACAACGGUUUUGUAACGACCCAUAUGAUCCCGGAGGCACUACCGAAGAAAGCUUUGACUCAGUCGGACGGUACAAACGCCUUGUCUCCCCAGCGAUCGUCACUGCUUCCGAGUAGCCGUGCUAAAGUCUUUGCCGAUGAAAGAGAAGGUGUAAGCUGGGACGCUGCAGGGAUUUGGGGCGAUCAGGGAGAGCGCCCAAAUCGGCCAGUCGUUAGCAAAACGGAAACUCGUUCGGGAGUCGAAUCGAUGAGAACUGUUCUGGCUUCGCCGGUCAAAGAAAGUGGGGGACCGUCGGAUCCCCAGCAGCCUUCGAGAACUGGUGACGGUGCGGCGAUGCUGUUCGAAAUGGAUGUUCCAGCGGUUGCCUACGGAACAGUCACGGCGGAAGGAAUAUCAGGCGUCCAGGUCGGAAUCGAUCUCUCGUCGCCCAAGGUCCCCGUCACGUCGUCGAUGGUGGAAGAGAACGACAAUACUACAGCCCACGUGAGAGAUGUGGCUGCUAUGGCCGAGCGCAUGGACAACAUUGAGACUGAACGGAUACCGUGUCCCCGACUGUGCGGUGCGAGCUUUGGACCAGGAAUCGGAGGGCUUGCAAUGUUUAAGAAUGGCGAUGUCAAGAAGAUGUGGUUCUGGUAUGACCGCGCUGGAUCAUCACGACUAGUCGGUGUUCCUUCGUCAAUUAUUGCUCCUGAACAGGCGUUCUCAGACCCAGGGACAGCAUCAAAAAUCGGCGGCGAUGGAAUCCACGAUACUGCGAACUUGAAAGUAUCGAUCCCAAGAGACAGUCCGCGCACUAUGAAAGACCUCAUGAGCAUGGUCAAAGCAGUGAAAGAGACAGAGUGGGGAGAAAUCGAUGGAAGUGACAACGACAGUGGCGAUCAAGAGCAGAGUUCAGGCGACAACUUCUACGAAUACAUGAGUACUGGCAGUAUUAGUUCCGAUUCAGACAACGAACCUGUUGACUUUGGAGGAAACGUUGAGGUAACACUUGGCAAAGGGUCUCGUGCAAUCUACGAGAAUUACUUUGGGAAAUUUCGUCGUCCCCUCGCAGAACCCUCAGGAGGAGGAAACUCCAAAAAGACUGCUGAAGACGGGUUGUCCCAGUCGGGCUCCUCUACUGGGGGUAAGGUUCAAGUCGGACCAUCCAGCGAUACUCUUGCGCCGAGCGUGUAUGUCACACACGACUAUGACAAGGCUGCCCUCAACAAUCAAAGCGCUGAGCUUGCCAAAGAAUGGGAGCUCGGACAGUGGCAGGGAGACAUCUCGAGCGUUGUCGCAACUAGUAGCGAACGAUGGAUGAAGUGGACACACCGUGACAUGGCAGAUGGAGCAGCACCUGACUCCCCGCUUGCGCAUCGAGGCCUGCCGAGUUACAGAGGGUUGUCGUCACCGACAAAAUCACGUUCAAAUUCGGAUCCCCUUCUCCCCUCCCUAGCCCCCGGAAAGAAAGUUCAUAUGGAAAAUGAACCUGGUGUACACGGGGGGGAGUAUGCAGUCCGUCCAAACAUGCAGGAGUCGAUGGUGUUCCUACGCAAGUUGUUUUCACACCAGCAAGAAGGGAAUGCAUUUCCGCAAACGUUGCUAUCUCCGCCUGAUAAUCCUAUGCUUAUUACCAAGUCCAGAUCGGUUCAGAGCCUUCCAGCAAUGAGGCAGCCAUCGGUUAGAUCUGGUAUGUCUGGAGAAGGCAGAUCGACGAAAGUCCAACCAGGUGUGUACGCAUUGAGCUCUGACACACAGAGCGAAACUAUGCACGAGGACGAGAAAAGGCUCUGCCAGAUUCGAUCCUUGUGCAAUCACAAUGCAGACGUUUGCGAACGAGUUGGGGAAGUGGGGAAGCAAGGUGUUUGGAAGCUUCUGGCUCAAAUGGUUGAUCGCCGACUGAACGAGAGGCCUGAUGCUUUCAACGGAUGGGGUGGCAAGAGCGGAGGAGCUCUUGGAGUGGAGCUGGUGGCAUCCUUCAUGCGUUACUACGAGGCUCUUGGUGAUGUGCAAAUGCUCGCAACAAUGGUAUGUGUGCUGAGUGGGGGGCAACCGAGAACGAACGGAUCCGGCAAAGGGAAUCAAUUCUUCUUACCCGAAGGACACGACGAGAAAUAUGACACCUAUCUACGGCGCUACUCUGAUUUGCUGUUUGGAUGGGGUCUGCUUGUGAAGCGAGCAGAGCUUAAAAAGCAUCUACAACGCGUUCAAGAAAGGGAAGGCAAGCUCUUGAACGAUACUGCUGCCGAGAAGGAACGCUUACCUGGUAUUGCCCUAGUGUUCACUUGUCCGAAGUGCGGAAACGAAGCAGAGUUUGGGACUAACGUUUGUCGGUCCUGCCAGGAGUUUGCUCUAAAAUGCAGCAUCUGCGAGAACGGAGUUCGCGGCCUGUUCAUAGUUUGCGAUAUCUGCAUGCACGGAGGCCAUGUCUCGCAUAUGGCCAGCUGGUUCGCCAAACACACUCAAUGCCCAUCAGGCUGUGGCUGCUUCUGUACUUUCACGGCUCACCCGCAGCGACGCAGCCUCACAGAAACCAAUCCAAACAAAGCUGGUAUGUCUUUCUUGCCCAUUCAUCGCGGUGGCGUUGAUCCCCUGGACGGGUGACGAAUUCAACCUCCGACAACUGAACGAAAGAGAUUGAUCAAGUUACUACUAAAGCAAUGUAAAAACUAAUGUAUCUACCGGUAUCACCUCG